AUGUCUAUAUUCUAUCGACAACAGCCGCCACUCCAACACGAGAACUCGUGUUGCAUCCCUGCCAACUUCCUCCUCCUGUAUAAGCACUCGACGCUCCAGCUUCAAAAUGAUGGGCAAAGCGUUGACCAUCCUCUUGAGAGCAGACGUCAUGGAUCGCCCUAUGCGGCUGGCGUUACAAGCAAAGCACGUUUCUUUUCUAGACAAGUCUGCUUUCCUACGAUGCCAGUGGAAGAAGAGGCCGAACAUCUUCUCCAAAUCUUCAUCUCAUCGACCCAGGAAAAAGCAGUCGUCAACUUCUGGGACCCCAUUUAG